UGCAAACACAUUUGUAAAGUGUUAUUUCUAUGCACUGCCGCAGCUAUUGUUGUGGCAGUGAAAAGUAAAUAAUUUAGAGGGAAACGGGUAUGUGUCUUUGAAAAGGAGUAUUCCAAUACUUUACUCAGAUUAAAAACGUAAUAUUUGGUUCUAAUUGGUACUGUUUUGUUUCAUUUGGAGCCAAGAACGAGCACUACACGAUGUGACAACACUGUCCCUGUGAUAAAUUGAUGAAUACUUGGGCCUGGACUGAAAUGGUUUGGCAGGAUGCUCUCCUGAUUGCUACUUGAAGGGGGUCUUCCAAGAUCAUCUGCCACUCCAAAGAGAAGACCCCACCUUGUCUCUGUGUUACAUUGUGACCUCUCUCUUUAUCACCUUAUGGAGGAGUAGCUCUUGACGGUUUCAUUACAAGCAAUAAAAGAAGACGUGGCACGGAGCAUCUGAGAGGAGAGCAACAACAAGCAAAGAGACAAUGUCAUCCAACAGAAGCCAGAACCCUCAUGGGCUCAAGCAGAUUGGCCUGGACCAGAUCUGGGAUGACCUGCGAGCAGGAAUACAGCAGGUGUACACCAGACAGAGCAUGGCCAAAUCACGAUAUAUGGAACUGUACACACAUGUUUAUAACUACUGUACCAGUGUGCAUCAGUCCAAUCAGGCCCGUGGGGCAGGGCCACCUCCAUCCAAGCCCUCCAAAAAGGCCCCCACCCCAGGAGGGGCCCAGUUUGUGGGCCUGGAGCUCUACAAGAGACUCAAGGAGUUCCUCAAGAACUACCUGACCAACCUGCUCAAGGACGGAGAAGACCUGAUGGAUGAGAGUGUAUUAAAGUUCUACACACAGCAGUGGGAAGACUACAGAUUCUCCAGCAAAGUGCUGAAUGGUAUCUGUGCCUACCUCAACCGGCACUGGGUCCGCCGCGAGUGUGACGAGGGGCGCAAAGGGAUAUAUGAAAUCUACUCCCUCGCGUUGGUAACAUGGAGAGAAUGCCUUUUCAGACCUUUGAAUAAACAAGUCACAAAUGCUGUAUUGAAGCUCAUUGAGAAGGAACGUAACGGAGAGACCAUCAACACUAGGCUUAUCAGUGGAGUCGUCCAGUCCUAUGUUGAGUUGGGUCUCAAUGAGGACGAUGCCUUUGCCAAAGGCCCCACGUUGUCAGUCUACAAAGAGUACUUCGAGACUCAGUUCUUGGCGGACACAGAGCGCUUUUACACACGAGAGAGCACAGAGUUCCUGCAACAAAAUCCAGUUACUGAAUACAUGAAAAAGGCUGAGGCGCGUCUGUUGGAGGAGCAGCGGAGGGUGCAGGUGUACCUCCAUGAGAGCACGCAGGACGAGCUGGCCCGCAAGUGUGAGCAGGUGCUCAUCGAGAAGCACCUGGAGAUCUUCCACACAGAGUUCCAGAACCUUCUGGACGCUGACAAAAAUGAAGACCUUGGGCGGAUGUACAAUUUGGUGUCCCGGAUCACUGAUGGAUUGGGAGAGCUGAAGAAACUCCUGGAGACGCACAUAUACAACCAGGGCCUUGCUGCUAUAGAGAAGUGUGGAGAAGCAGCUCUCAAUGAUCCCAAAAUGUAUGUCCAGACCAUCUUAGACGUCCACAAGAAGUAUAAUGCUUUAGUAAUGUCAGCGUUCAACAACGAUGCUGGUUUUGUUGCUGCUCUGGACAAGGCCUGUGGACGCUUCAUAAACAACAAUGCUGUGACCAAGAUGGUGCAGUCAUCCAGCAAAUCCCCAGAGCUACUGGCUAGAUACUGUGACUCUCUGCUGAAGAAGAGCUCAAAGAACCCAGAGGAGGCAGAGCUAGAAGACACACUAAACCAAGUGAUGGUGGUCUUUAAGUACAUAGAGGACAAAGAUGUGUUCCAGAAGUUCUAUGCCAAGAUGCUGGCUAAGCGGUUAGUCCAUCAGAACAGCGCCAGUGAUGAUGCUGAAGCCAGUAUGAUCUCCAAACUAAAGCAAGCGUGCGGCUUCGAGUACACCUCCAAACUCCAACGCAUGUUCCAGGACAUCGGAGUCAGCAAAGACCUAAAUGAACAAUUUAAAAAGCACCUCACCAACUCUGAGCCUUUGGACUUGGACUUCAGCAUCCAGGUUCUCAGUUCUGGUUCCUGGCCCUUCCAGCAGUCCUGUACAUUUGCCUUGCCCUCUGAGCUGGAGAGGAGUUACCAAAGGUUCACUGCCUUCUACGCCAGCAGACACAGCGGGCGCAAGCUGACCUGGCUCUACCACCUGUCCAAAGGAGAGCUGGUCACCAACUGCUUUAAGAACAGAUACACUCUGCAGGCUUCUACCUUCCAGAUGGCCAUCCUAUUGCAGUACAAUGCUGAGGACGUCUACACAGUGCAGCAGCUCGCAGACAGCACACAGAUCAAGAUAGACAUUUUGGUGCAGGUGUUGCAAAUCUUGUUGAAGUCUAAAUUGCUGGUCCUGGAGGAUGAGAAUGCAAAUGUGGAUGAAGUAGAGUUCAAACCAGACACCUUAAUAAAACUCUUCCUGGGAUACAAAAACAAAAAACUUCGGGUGAACAUUAAUGUGCCAAUGAAGACAGAGCAGAAGCAGGAGCAGGAAACCACUCACAAGAACAUAGAGGAGGACAGGAAACUGUUAAUACAGGUACACUGUACAUCACGCUAUUCUAUUUUUUCCCCUGAUCUAACUCACACUACAAAAAUCUGUCUAUUGUCUAGCGUGCACAAACAACCUCUCUGGUCUAGAAUAUUCACCCAGGAUCAUUUUGGUCUAAACCUGCUGUGUUCUCUCUUUCUCUACCCUGCUGUAGGCUGCCAUUGUGAGAAUCAUGAAGAUGCGCAAAGUGCUAAAACAUCAGCAACUCCUGGCAGAGGUGCUGAAUCAGCUGUCAUCCAGGUUUAAACCAAGAGUUCCCGUCAUCAAGAAAUGUAUCGACAUCCUGAUCGAGAAGGAGUACCUGGAGCGUGUCGACGGAGAGAAAGACACUUACAGCUACUUGGCUUAAAACCUUUUCAUUGUUCUCCACCCUCCCUCCUUUCUUUUUUUUAAAGUUGUCUUUUGAGUAAUUAACAUCAUUCCUUUUGACAUUUGGCCAAUGUUGUCAGGAAUGCGAGCACAGAAGGAGAAAAAGAAGAAAAAAGUUGUCAAUCAUCAUCAAGGUGGUUGCGAAAGCUGGACUUCCCUUUAAACUCUGACAUUAUGGGAUAGCUGCUCGCCCAGUGUUUGUUUGAAGAUCCCAUCUGAACUGCUCAGGAUCGACAGAUACAUUUUGAUAUGUAAAUAUCGACAGAGACCUUUACCUCUUUACUUUUAUCUUGCAAAGUUAAUAACAUACAAAAAAAACUAUCAAAACCCUUCACACCGAGGGUUGCAUGCUACUGCCUAUCUGCAUUUAAGAAGCAAAAAGACGUAAUAGAUGAGAAGCUAUUAAGACACUGCUGCUUUAUGUGGCAGUAGCAAAUUAUGAACGUAUGUUUUAAAAAAAGAUGAGUGCAAUUUUAGCUGCACUUCCAGAAAGCGAUCUGUGUUUGAAAAAGGCCCUUAGAAGUGUAAUCUGCAUUGUUACCAGCUACCAGAAAAACAUUUGUAUAGUGUGGUUCACUUUUUUUUUUUUAAAUGUAUGGUAAAUAAAAAUGAAAGGUUUCUGUAUUCCCUCUGAUGGUUUUUAUUCCUUCAAAGCUGAUGUGAACUUUGGGCUGAGAUGUUUACACACGCAUCCCAAUUCUAAUCUAUGUUUACUAAUUGGUUGUGAAAAAGAGCUAAUGUGAUUGGUCAAAAGACCAAUUAGAGGGGGAAAAUAUAAGAACUGUGCAGCCUGUUUAAACGCAGCCCUGGAUAUUAUAGAUCAUUGCUGGUUUCUUGAUGUUACAAUCCAUGAAUGACCUACUUAGCUGUUCAUUGCCAUUCAUUUGUAAACUGUAAAGCUUGUCAACAAGAUGUAUUGUGUGGGUAUUAGAACCGAAGGUUGCUACUUUCCCAUGAUCAGUUUUAAUCAGAAUGUACUUUAAUGGCUGUGUUUAGACAGGCAGCCCAAUUCAGAUUUUUUUUUUUACCACUAAUUGGUAUUUUGACCAAUCACAUCAGGGUUUUUUUUCUGAUUCGUCAAAAGACACAUUUUUGAGAGAGAGAAAAAAUAUAUCAGAAUUGAGCUGCCUGUCUAAACACAGCCUAAAUCACUGAAAACGUUCACAUCGUAGGCAGGAUGCAGGCAGAAAAUGUAUGAGAUUGGAUCUUGGGGUUCUCUUGCCUAUUUCAAUAAUAAACAUUUUAAAUUAGCCUA